CGCUUCACAGCAGGAGAAGUUGUGCCGAUCCUCUUAUCCUCUUAUCGUUUUCCUGCUGAAAUAAGAGAACAAACUUUAAAACCACUAACUUUGAGUUGUUGUGUUUUUUAACCAUCGUCUCUAACAUGUAGUUUCGGCAGCUAGCUGAGUGUUUUGGACAUUUUAGCUGUGUUGGUGUAGAAUGGGUCGCGCGCUGUUGAGGCUGGUGUUCAGAACCGCCGUGUCCCGGGACGUGUCCCGGUUCAACAGCCGGGCUCUGACGCUGCGUGCCGCCUCUCUGCAGGGGGACGGGGUUUGUAACGGGACGCACGGCGGCAGGAAGGCGUUGCUGUCGGACCCGCAGCGGUUCGAGGCGCAGUUCGACGAGCUGCUGACGGAGCUGACGGAGCGGGACUUCACGGAGCCCGGUCUGACCGACGCGAUGAGCAGGCUGAAACAGGUAAUGGUUUACAAUGUACCUGGAGGGAAGAAGAACCGAGGGCUGUCUGUGAUUGGCUCGCUCCGGGAGCUACUUCCGCCUUCCCAGCUCACCCAGGACGGAGUGCAGCGCGCCCUGGUGGUCGGCUGGUGCAUCGAGAUGCUUCAGGCUUUUUUCCUCAUGACAGAUGACAUCAUGGAUGCAUCUGUGACUCGCAGAGGACAGCCCUGCUGGUACAAGAAGGAUGGUAUAGGCCUGGAUGCCAUCAAUGAUUCACUUCUGGUGGAAGGCUCCAUCUACAGGCUGCUGCGAAGACACUGCAGAGAUCAACCCUAUUAUGUGCAUUUAUUGGAGCUGUUUAAUGAGACGACCUUCCAGACGGAGCUGGGUCAGGUGCUGGACCUGAUCACGGCUCCGCCGGGUCAGAUCGACCUCGGCAGAUUCACCAUGGAGAGGUAUAAAACAAUUGUAAAAUACAAAACUGCCUUCUACUCGUUCUACCUCCCUGUGGCGUCUGCCAUGUACAUGGCAGGGAUUAACAGUGAAGAGGAACACAAAAACGCUAAACACAUCUUACUGGAGAUGGGAGAGUUCUUCCAGAUACAGGACGACUUCUUGGACUGUUUCGGUGACCCCGCUGUGACGGGAAAGAUUGGGACGGACAUCCAGGACAAUAAAUGCAGCUGGCUGGUGGUGAAGGCUCUGGAAGUCAUGACACCUGAGCAGAGAUCAGUUCUGGAGUUGUGUUACGGUCGCAGUGAUGAGACCAGCGUGACGAAGGUCAAAGAGCUCUACCACUCCCUCCAAAUGCCAGCGCUCUACCAGAGCUAUGAAGAGGAGAGCUACCAGCGGCUGCAGAAACUCAUCGCUCUUCACGCUCAGAGCCUUCCUCACUCCAUCUUUCUCAACUUCGCCAAGAAGAUCUACAAGCGGGACAAGUGACGGGUGGUGUUUGCUCUGGGGGGAGGGGGUCCAACUGCAGUUUGAUGGUCUGAGUUAAGUCAGGUUUCCAGUCAGGUGUAAAUAUCUGGUUAUGAAUGCCUCGAUAACUGACAUCAUAGAUUAUGGUUUAUUUUCACUGAUUUAGGUGAAUAAUGUGUAUAUUCUUUACAAAGUGUAUAUUUAAAUCCGUUACACUGAAUUUAGCUAAAUGUGUGUGAGACGGUUAAAUUAAAUCUUUGUUAUUAAACAAAGUUGAGAAUCACAACGAGGCUGUUAGUUCGAGCAGCCAGGAUCUUUUUUUUUUUUUGGCUGUUGUUUGUCCGACUUAAAAUGAAAUCAUGCAGGGCAUGAGUUGAGCUCCGUAUUUAACAGGCCCAAAGAACUUUACAGCAGAUGGACAGUAUUUUCUGUCAUAAAGCGUGUAUUUAUUUUCAUGUUUGGCUUUGUUAAAGCAAAUUAUUAACACCUUAUACCAGAUAUUUUUAUAUUGAUUUUGUUUUUUACAAAUCUGAAUGUAAUAACUUUCAAUAAAUUGCUGUCUGCUGUCUCUGUACCCCAGUCUUUGUGUAUAUCUGACAGAAAAAGUACUAUGAAAAAUAAAACAAUGUUAAAUGCUUGACAUCUUAA